AAGACCCAGGUUGUUGACCCUCCAGUGAGCUUAAUUGAUUCCUCGGGCUUCACAUAAAGCAAGCAAAUGGAAUGGAAGCAUGGUGUUAUUAAGAAUAUUAUUUCUCUGCUUUUUGACCAUUUUAAAUUUCUCCCAGCCCUGCCAGAUUCCUGAUGACUUUGUGGCUGCCAGUUCUCCAGGACAUAUCAUGAUUGGAGGUUUAUUUGCAGUUCACAAUAAAAUUAUUCAUUCAGAAAAAUAUUACAGAAGACCAGAAAUUCAAACUUGUGAGGGCUUUGAAAUUUCAAUGUUUCUUCAAACUCUUGCCAUGAUACACAGCAUUGAAAUGAUCAACAAUUCCUCACUACUACCUGGAGUUAAACUAGGGUAUGAGAUCUAUGACACAUGCACUGAAGUAACAGUAGCAAUUGCAGCCACUCUGAGGUUCCUCUCUAAAUUCAACUGCUCCCAAAACAUCGUGGAAUUUCAGUGUAACUAUUCCAACUACACACCAAGAGUUAAAGCUGUCAUAGGAGCCAGCUACUCAGAAAUAACCAUGGCUGUUUCCAGGAUGUUGAAUUUGCAACUUAUUCCACAGGUGAGCUAUGCUUCCACAGCAGAAAUCCUAAGCGAUAAGGUGCGCUUUCCUUCUUCUUUUCGAACUGUGCCCAGUGACUUCUAUCAAACCAAGGCCAUGGCACACUUGAUCCAGAAGUCUGGGUGGAACUGGAUUGGCAUCAUCACCACUGACGAUGACUACGGACGCUUGGCACUUGGCACAUUUGGAGCACAAGCCUCAGCAAACAACCUGUGCAUUGCAUUCAGGGAGAUCCUCCCAGCCUUCCUCUCUGAUAGUACCAUUGAGGUCAGGAUCAAUCAGACACUUGAAAAAAUCAUGGAGGAAAGGCAUGUCAAUGUCAUCGUGGUCUUCCUAAGGCAGUUCCAUGUAUUCAACCUUUUUAAUAAGGCCAUUGAAAGGAAUAUAAAUAAGGUCUGGAUUGCCAGUGAUACCUGGUCAGCAGCUGUCAAGAUCAGCACCAUUCCAAAUGUCAAACGCGUUGGCAAAGUAGUAGGGUUUGCAUUUAAAGGUGGAAACAUGUCCUCUUUCCAUGACUUCAUCCAAAAUCUACACUUAAUGCCUAAUGAAAACAACAAACUUUUAAGUGAAUAUAUCAUGCUCUUGUCAUCCUGUUCACAUGUCAAGGACAAUGAUUUGAAUUAUUGUAUUGCCAAUUAUUCUCAGGAGAACUGGGACUACAGGAUGGUGGAAAGCAACUUCUCCCUGAGAAACAGUUUCCUAUUGCAUAAUGCUGAGCCAGGGCAUGUCCAUAGCGUUCAGCUUGCUGUAUCUGCUCUUGCUUAUGCUAUUCGGGAUCAAUGUAGAGACCGAAAUUGCCAGAAUCCAGCUGCAUUUCAACCUUGGGAGUUACUUGAAGCACUUCAAAAUGUGAAAUUUACUGAUGGAGAUAGUGAAUUUCAAUUUGAUUCACAAGGGGACAUUAACACUGGAUAUGAUGUUCUGCUUUGGAAGGAAAUCAAUGGACACAUGACCAUUAUCAAUAUGGCAGAAUAUGAUUCAGAAAAAGACGUUUUCAUUUUUAAAGACAGUGAAACUGAAAAGGAAUUCAGCAAUCUAAAGCAAAUUCAAUCUAAAUGCUCUAAGGAAUGUAGUCCUGGUCAAAUGAAGAAAACCACCCAAAGCCAGCAUACAUGCUGUUAUGAAUGUGUGAGCUGCCCUGAAAAUCAUUACAGCAAUCAGACAGAUAUGGAUCACUGCUUUUUAUGCAACAAUAAGACCCACUGGGCCCCAGUGAAUAGUACCAUGUGCUUUGAGAAGCAAGUUGAAUACCUCAGUUGGAAUGACUGGUUCGCCAUUCUGCUCCUAACCCUCUCAGCACUAGGGAUUGUCUGCACUUUUGCAGUUGGAAUAAUUUUUACUAGAAACCUAAAUACCCCUGUGGUCAAAUCAUCUGGGGGCUUGAUUAUCUGCUAUUUGAUCCUCCUUUGCCACUUCUUCAGCUUUCUCAGCACUAGCUUUUUUGUGGGAGAACCACAAGACUUCAAAUGUAAAGCCAGGCAGACCCUCUUUGGUGUAAGCUUUGCCCUGUGCAUCUCCUGCAUCCUGACAAAGUCCCUAAAAAUUCUGCUAGCCUUCAGCUUUGACCCCAGAUUACAAAAAUGUCUGAAGCGUCUUUAUAAGCCUGUACUCAUCAUAGUGAUUUGCACAGGGGUUCAAAUAAUCAUUUGUACAAUGUGGCUCAUAUUUGCAGAGCCUUUUGUGGAGGAGAAUUUCUCCAUACCCCAAGUUAUUAUCUUGGAGUGUGAUGAGGGCUCUAUCAUGGCCUUUGGUACCAUGCUAGGCUACAUAGCUAUUCUGGCAUUUAUUUGCUUCAUAUCUGCUUUUAAAGGUAGAAAAUUGCCAGCAAAUUAUAAUGAAGCUAAGUUCAUAACGUUUGGCAUGCUCAUUUACUUCAUUGCAUGGAUAAUAUUUAUCCCCAUUUAUGCCACAACUUUUGGCAAAUACUUACCAGCUGUGGAAAUCAUUGUCAUUUUAAUAUCUAAUUAUGGAAUUCUGUGUUGCACAUUUUUUCCUAAAUGUUAUAUUAUUCUCUAUAAGCAAGAAACCAAUACAAAAUCUGCCUUCCUUAAGACAUUGUAUAUGUACUCCUCCCAAAGUGCAAGCAGCCUUAACGUGAGUCAUAUUUCACUGGAUUCCAGGCCCAGUGAAGUCCCUCUUCCGAACCACAACUUCUGUCUCAAGUCUUCAGUCACACUUGAGCAACGCAAGUCCAGCCAAUCACAGAUGGCUGGAUACAUACAAUCUGCAAGGAAAAGAACUGCUAAAAAUACAACUGGAACACUCCCAAGAAAAAGAAUGUCGAGCAUAUGAAUGAAGAACUUCCCAGAGUAUGAAUGAAUUGCUUUCAGGAAGAAAGAACUGGACCACUUGUGGUUAAUCUCCUAAAAAUUCUUUCCUUGGGCAUUUCCAAGUCAAAAAUCACUAUCAUAGAUAAAUUAAACUCUUACUCUAUUUAUAACACUGAAUCAUUGUAUUGACUCAAUAUUUUCCUACCCUCCUUUAGAGGUUUGGCCCACUCCUCAGUGGAACUCCAGGAUGGUCCCUCCCAGAAUAUUUACUGUAGCUCUCUUUGAGAUGGCUUGAUAAUAGAAUCAUCCACUUCACAACCAAAGUAGCUAAAAGAGAAAAAGAAAUUUAAAUUAUUAAUGCUUGCUUUAAGUAACACAUGAUUUUCAUCUCCUCCCAUAAAAUGUAAAAAGUUACUUUUUAUUUUAAUUUAGUUUGUUUUGAGAUCGAGUCUUCCUUUGUCUUCCAGGCUAGAAUUGCAGUAACCACUCAUGGUCCCAAUCUCAUCCUUCACAGAGGCCUUGACCUUCUCUGUUUCCCAUCCUUGGGCCAUCUGGUGGCUCUCUGUUUUUCAAGGUUUACCAUAAUAGUGACAGAUUUAGCAUGGAUACCUGAUCAGCUUUCCCUUGUGUAGCUCAGAACUCCAGAACUCAUGAUCCACCAGAAUGGGUCUUCCCUAUAACAGGGAUUAUCUUGGUAUCCCACCCCAUCUGGCAGAGAACAACUUCUAUAAAAAAAAUUUAGCUUGUUGUGUAUUUAUGGUUGUGAUUUUCUAUAUUCUAGUUUUUUUUAUAACAAUUCUGUGAUGAAGACCAAAAGGUACACUAUUUAAGCAAUCUAUAGGCUGUAGAUUUUUAUGAUCACAGAACUUGUCAAGAAUGGGUUCAGGGCAACUGGCCAUUUUCUGUUUCUUUUUUUUAAUCUUGUUUAUUUUCUUUUUCUCAUUGUGAAUAUUUUAAUUAUCCACAAAUACAACCAUUUCAAUAGAUAAAGAUGGAUAAGAAAAAAGAUAUAACAAACUGAACUAUUGUAUGCCGGUUACUUUUUAAAAAAAACAUAUGGCACAUAUACAUAUUUAAAAGAAAACUUAGCAAGGUUUUAAUAAAAUUCUAUUUGUGGUUUUGAUACUUUUUUGUCUUCUGUGCAGUUAAAAAGGAUUUUAAAAAAUAUUUUAUUGAUGAUAUUUUUGCAUCACUAACAUUUCUGCUCUAUAAGAGGCUUUUCUUGUAACAAAACGAGAUUGGUUCAACUCAUUUGCUGAUUCCUGAAUUUCUCCUUCCAUUUUCCAUUCUCAGCCCCCAUGCAGUGUGAGGUCCAAAACUGUCCAAUCUCUAAGAAAAGCCACUGAGAUAGAGUCCAUGGCCCCUUCUGAUAAAGUGGACCUCAGAUCUCUCUCGUGAUCUGAGAUGCCUCCUUUCCCAGGGCCUGAUAUUUUUAGGGUUUGGUACCCAAACAUGUAAAACAGGCAUGGUAGAAUACAUAAUCACAUUGGUUGUUAGACCUAUUAAGAUCAAAAAAUGAUGUAUCAAUAGAAGAGUCAUGGGUUGAGCAAAGUAGUGGCCGUCUCCAAUGACUAAGUAAUCAUAAGAUGGUCAUCCCCUCAUUUUGGGCAAGGUAUAAAAAUAAGUUGGAGGAUUUUCCAAAGAAUCAAGGCAUCCUAACCAUUCUGUGUUUGGACAUGGAAUUUGAGCAAAACAGGAUGAAGAUCUUUGUCAGUAUUUUGUGCUUGUACAAGUGAGCUUCAUUACUAGUAAACAAGUAGUUUAUGUUGGAUUAAAGUCUGAGGCUAUUAUAAGAAUUUAUCUUAUCUAAUUAUCCCUAUAUUAUUUGUAUAAAAUAUCAGAUUGAUUGGAAUAGAGUAAGGGUCCAAAUGAAUCAUUUCUCACAUCAAUUUUUCCUUGUGACUGUCCCUUCCUUACUCUACCUCUUAUUAUCCUGAGCUUUCAGUAAGGUUCAGUUCAGGUGUUAAUACGGAGGGUAGAAGGGAGAGAGAGAGAGAGGAAGGGAGGAAGGGAAAGGAAGGAAAGAUGGAGGAAAGAAGGAAGAAAUAAGCGGUUAUUACAUACCAACUCAGUACCAGACAUUAUGCUAAACACUUUAGAAAUAUUAUCCCAGAGCAACUAAGUGGUGUAGUGGACAAAAGCACAGGCUCUGAAGUGAGGAGGACCUGAGUUCAAAUGUGGCCUAAGACACCUAAUAAUUCCUUA